GCUUUGUGAAAAUUCACUGCAAGACUCAAAACAUCGGACAGUAUGAGCAGGAGUCACGACUUGACUGUGUAAUCCACUACUCAAAAGAGGUAGAAGAUCCUGAAAUCGUGGCGGUAAUUUGGAGUAGAGAGGGGGUUGAAGAACUACUUAAAUACAACCAAGGAAAACUUACAUCGUUGCCUGGAUAUUCAUUUGCUGAACCGUCCUGGAACAACAAGAACGUGAACGUAUCCCUGCUCAUUCACAAAACUGCUGUUAAGGACGAGGGAGUUUAUACAUGUUAUGUGUUCACAAACAGUGGUUUUAACAUCAACCAAACCAGACUGAACGUCACAGCCAAAUACGGAGUGCCAACUAUUCAGCCUCAACCUCAGGACAUUGAUCUCGACACCAACGGUUCCCUGACAUGCAAGUCCACCGGCUACCCAAAAGGCCGACUCAGCUGGUUUGAUAAAGACAACAAGCCUUGGUUAGAGCAACCCGAGGUGGAGGUGCUGAAGACAGAGAAUGGUCUGUUUAUCCUCUCAAGCACGCUGAAAAUACAGGGAGGAUCUGCCUUCUCCAACUACACCUGCAAAGUGUUCAACGCCAGAGGAGACGAAGAGGCGGAGAAAUCCUUCACAGUGCAGGACAAACCAUCGGCCAGAGGGCUGGGACAAGACUCAAACAUGAUUUUGGCCAAGAUAGUGGCUCCUGUGUUGGUCGUCGGGUCUCUGAUCGUGGGGUUCCUCGUGUUGCUACUUUACAAAAGACGAUCUUGGCGAUGGAUGUUCAAGAAAGUCUGACUACAGGAGAAACCAAGACCACUCUUACUGACGACCACUGAACUCAACACUUCUUGUUUGCUUGAGCCCGCAUCAGCAUUUUAACUUUUCCUAAUGCAAACAUCCAUGUACAUAACCAGGUAAAGCUUGUAUCACUGUGAUUUAACAGAAACUGCAAGCGCUUUGUUCACCCUUAAUCUACCAAGUAAACAAGCUCCAAUCAAGUUUAAAAUGUCAACAAAGACUGAUAUAUCGCUGACAACAGGAGUUAAAGGGGUCCAGGUCAGGCUCUGUUGUCUUAAAGUAACCACAUUGGGAACCGUUCCGACACCACGGAGUCUCUGGUGUUGAUUUAUGGAGGACAAAAGUGUAUAAUGUGAUGAUUUAGCCCACGCAAUAACUGUAGCUUUUGGCAGCUUAUCAGCCUCCUUCUCACUCCCUCUUCACAUUCCAUGUCUUUAGUGAAGGGUUAGAAUCAUGAAAUACUUUUAAUCCGUGUGUGUGUGUGUGUGUAUUUUAAGGAAAUGCAACUAUUUCCUGCCAACGUUUCUUUUAUUCAUAUAUGUUGUACUAGGAGGGGUUAGAGGCAUAAAAACAGGCGUGCCUGCUGUUGCCAUGGUGCUUUCAGACACUCUCUGCCAGUCUGCGCGGGCGCAAUCAGGAGAACAAAAAAGUUUGGGAAUUUCAUUCACUGUGUGAGAGCAUGUAGUCAUAAGACAAACAUUUCAGUAAUGCCAGACAUCCAUCAAACUGGUCAGAGGCAACAGAGCAGGCUGUGAUAGGCCCUUUUGUGAGGUUUGGUUUAUUUAACUUUUUUCACAACCGAGUUCUCAGAGAAACCGCCUCGCAUGCCUUUAAAAUCUUGAAUUCUGAUCGAGCCUGCAUGUCAAGCUCGAGCCUGUCAGACCAAAUAUUCUCUACUGUACUGAAGACAAGCCAAAAGUGGAAAACAAAACUCCUUAUCAACAUCCAUAUAUGUGAAUGAUUAACUGUUCUGUAACACACAGUUAAUCAUUGACCUGGUUGGAGAAAAAGCAGUUUAUGAAGUUUAUGAGUUUAUGAAAUCAACGACAAACGUCCUUACACUACUGUCAGUCAUUCAGAUUCUGUGUGUCGUGAACAUUAGGUUUAUAUACAUGUAUGUGUUUGUAAAAUGAACUGUAUACUCUUUUAAUUAUUUUUUUAUCGUGUUUUUUAGCACUAGCACCUUGUACAAACUGUGAAUUGUGAUUGUAUGGUAAUAAAACAAAGUCUAAAUAAAAAAAACAUAAAACAA